AUGGCCAAAAUCACAAAUAAGACAGUUGUAGAGAUGGGCCAAGAGAGAAUUCAAGAAAAGAAGAUCGAGAACUAUAGUAAAUAUCGAGCAAAGAGGGUGUGGAAGAUAGAUGAAGAUGAGGACUAUGAAGCUGAUUUUCAAGCAUUUUUAAUGGAUGAGGAUGAGGAGGAGGAGGGCCGCUAUAAGUUUAGGGCGCUCAUGGAUUCCUCCAGGCGAACAAAAGAGAAAGAUGGAUCUGAAUUUCUGAAGAAAGAUGCUAUGAUCAUCCAUAAACUAGACCCUACUAAUGGUCCUAUUACGAAGCCAAAGCAGAAGCGCAAGAACCCAUAUAGGGGCAUCCGCCGACGCCCUUGGGGCAAAUGGGCUGCUGAAAUCCGUGAUCCUAAAAAGGGUGUUCGUGUUUGGUUAGGCACAUAUAAAACACCAGAAGAUGCUGCUAGGGCAUAUGAUGCUGAGGCUCGCAAGAUUAGAGGCAAUAAGGCAAAGGUGAAUUUCCCUGAUGAGGCACCACUAAACAUGAUGAGUAACAUACCAAAGCCAGUUGUUACUGCAAUGCCACCAAUGCUUGUUCCAGCAGAGAAGUUUAAUGCCAACACACUGGUUCACCAUAUAAACAACUCAAAUGAGGAUUUAUUUUCGGUGGUGAACUUUAGUGGUAGCAAUGCUCACUCAGUUCCUAAUGAGGGCUUUGGGUUACUCUCCAUGAAUGUGCCUAAUGUGUCUUAUGAGAUUUCAAGGAUGGGAAUUCCAAGGAUGGGCCAUUGUCCAAGUCAAAAUCAAUUUUCAAUUGGUUCAUCAAGCCAUGGAUCGGGCAAUGAUACCAUCAAGAACCUAAAUGCAUGCUCCUCCUUACCACAUCUUGGUAUGCAGAUGUUCGGUCAACGUACUUUUGCUGGUCCACCAAUGAUGAUAGAAAGAAACAUUGGAGCGCUUGCUCCUACUUUGAGAAAUGCCACACCCAUUGUUCCAUUUGAUGUGGCUAGUGUUGAUGCUGGGACAAAACUAAUUGAUCAGCAGCCUACCCUGCAGCAGGUGGUGGAAAAUAAAUAUAUUCCUUCCAAUUUACAAGGUGAUGUUAUUGAGGAUGUGGCUGCAGAGAUCACAAUGUGGGAUUUCUAUGACCAGCUGUUAGCCAAGGAAAAUUGA